CUCAGCCUCGUCACCAAAACUCCCUCCCACAGCCUCGCCUCCCACCUCAUCCCCCAUUACCACCCUUCCACCUCUACCUCUCCAUCCACCACCACAAUCACACCCGUAAACGACACAACAAUGGACCUCUUCGGCGUCCAUGACCUCCCAACCUCCAAAUCCGCCUCCGCAGGCUGGGCCUACAUCCCCGACACCCUCUCCAGCGCCGCGGCCCCCGCCUCCCGCAAACGCGCCCGCCACACCGCCAGCGCGCACGAUCAGAGCGCCAGGCAGGAUGCGAAAAUCGCAAGGGACCUGGCGGCAUUGGAGAGGGAGGGGGGGGGGAGGGAGGUGAGUAUCCCGAUUCCGGUGGUGGUUAGGGGGAGGGAUGGGGCGGGGAGGGCAACACACGGCAAGGUAACCCCCGCCGUCCGCAAAAUCCUCCAAUCCCAAAAAACAUUCGCAAACCACCUCUCCGACGCCGAAGCUCUCGCUACUCUCGCCCCCCCUCCUUCCUCUGCCGCCGCCGCUGUCCCCUCCACAACCACAACCGCCGCCGCUGCUGCCACACCACCCCCAGCUCCCACUGCACCAUCUUCGAAACGCAAAUACAAGCGCCGCUCCCUCGCUGCUGGGUCGACUUCCACCCCUUCCCCAACCAAAAGCGAGACACCACAACCCCAACAGGAUACAGACAUGCCCGACGCAGACACAGGAACCCUUCUAGCAAUCGCCCCCCGCUUCACCCCCCACCCCGGCGACAGCGACCCCCUCCUGCGCUCACGGAUCCCCAGUAUGCCCACGUCAUCAGAAGUCGAGACCUUGUUAGCGGAGCGGCCUAGGGGGUAUUUGGAAGCUAAGGCGGGGUUUGAUGGGGCAACAGGAGGAGGAAGGGUGAAGGGAAGGAGGUUCUGUGAGGUUUGUGGGUAUUGGGGACGGGUGAGGUGUAUGGCUUGUGGGACGAGGUGUUGUGCUUUGGAGUGUUUGGGGGUGCAUAGGGAGGUGUGUUUUGGGGGGUAUGGUGCUUAG